AUGGCGGAAGCUGACGAGGUUUGUCAGCCGAUGCGCGAAAAGCAACUGAUGUGCGAGGAGCAGCGUACGCAACAGGAGCAGGAGCAGUCGAUGCGCGAAAAGCAACCUAUGUACGAGGAACAGCCGUUACCUUCGAACUACCCAGUAACAUUCGAAGAGCAGCCAAUGCGCAAGGAACAGCCAAUAAUGCUCGAGAAGCAUUUUGUGCCCGAGGAGCAGCAGCACGAGGGUCAGACAGUGCGCAACGAAACUCCAUCAAGCACGUUGACCGACGCACCGGAAACUGUGAGAACCUGCCUUAGAAAUGUCAUUGAUGUUAGCGAUUUCCCAAGGGAUUUAUAUGAUCAAAUCGCCAAGGGCAUGCUCAGUAGCACCGAUCUGGAGCGAAUUAUCUGUGAGUGUCUCCACGAAAUUCAAUUCGACAUGAGUGACCUUCAACAUAUGGCAAGAACAUCUCAACUGAACACAUCAUCUAACCAGGCCGAGGCUAUUCGCUCCCUAGCAGGGGUCCGCAUCGCUCAUAGGCUUCAGGUACCACAGUCAACGUAG